AUGGUCAGGCUGAGUCUGUGUCGGAGCCCUGCGUCGCUGCUCCUGUCCUGGAUAGAGGAGCCGAUGGCUUCAGGUGUGCGCUUCAGCAGCAGCAUGCCGGUGAUCCAACACUCGCACUCUGAGAGCAGCAGCACCGUCAGGCCCUACAGUGAGAUUCCUGGACUGUGGAAGCAUGGUCUGCUCAACCUGUACCGCUUCUGGAAACUGGAAGGCUUCAGCAACCUGCACCGCGUCAUGCUGCAGAACUUCAACACCUUUGGACCCAUUUACAGAGAGAAAGUAGGUAAUUAUGAAAGUGUUAAUAUCAUCAAACCAGAAGAUGCUGCGAUCCUGUUCAAAGCAGAGGGCCAUUAUCCUAAAAGACUGACAGUUAAACCAUGGACAGCGUACAGAGACUACAGAAACCGCAAAUAUGGAGUCUUGUUAAAGGACGGCGAAGACUGGAGAUCCAACCGAGUGAGUCUCAACAAGGAGUUGAUCUCCGUGAAGAUGCUGGAAAUAUUUGUGCCUCUGCUGGAUGACGUGGGCCAGGACUUUGUGACCCGAGUUCACAAAAAGAUCUCACAAAGCGGUCGGAACAAAUGGACCACCGAUCUUUCUCAGGACCUCUUCAAAUAUGCUCUGGAGUCGGUGAACUUGGUGCUGUACGGGGAGCGUCUGGGUUUGAUGCUGGGCUGCAUCGACCCUGAAGCUCAGCACUUCAUCGACUGCAUCACGCUCAUGUUCAAGACCACCACGCCCAUGCUGUACAUGCCUCCUGCUCUGCUGAGGAAGUUUGGAGUGAAGGUGUGGCGGGACCACGUGAAGGCUUGGGAUGGGAUCUUUAACCACGCGGACCGCUGCAUCCAGAACAUCUACAGGGUGCUGCAUCAGGAGACGGGCACCCCCAAGAAAUAUCCAGGAGUCCUGGCUACUUUGCUGUUGCUGGACAAUCUGUCCAUUGAGGACAUCAAGGCCAGUGUCACUGAGCUGAUGGCUGGAGGAGUCGACACGACUUCUAUAACCCUGCAGUGGACGUUGUAUGAAUUAGCCAGACACCCAAACCUGCAGGAGGAGCUGAGGGCCGAGGUGGCUGCAGCUCGAGCUGCGAGCCAGGGAGACCUGCUGGAGAUGCUGAAGAGGAUUCCUUUGGUCAAAGGAGCUCUUAAAGAAACACUGAGGUUGCAUCCAGUUGCAGUGAGUUUGCAGAGAUACAUCACAGAAGAUAUAAUUAUUCAAAACUACCACAUCCCAUCUGGGCCCUCCAUGACAAACAACGACAUCAUGCUUGUGAAGAUCCAUGCUCCGUGGGAUACACUUUGCAAAUACGCAGAGCAGAUGAACAUCCGAAUGCCUUUCAGGUGA